UUAAGGACUAAAUUAUUAAUUAUAUAAAUUAAUAUUAUUUGUGGUCUACAUGUUUUUGUAAAGCUGCUCUGAGACAAUGUUCAUUAUUAAAAGUGCUUUACAAAUUAAAUAUUACGUGUUUGCUUUUAAUCAGGUACUUGACAAAAUUCAGUAGAAUCAUCUUUCAUAGGACACUGGACUUUGGAUAAGAUGCUCAUGAGUUCAAUCACCAGUUUAAUGAAGAUACCAUGCUGGGCCCCUGAAUAAGACCCUCAGCUGCUCAGGUGCUGCUCUGCCUGAGCUGCACUACUGUCAGAGCUGCUGUGAUAGAAAACUAAUCAACACCUCCUGAACAUCAGCAGACUAUAUUUUCUCCUGCACUCUGUAAUGAACCCUUCCUGAGCGCCUACAGUGCUGGAACCUGCUGCUGCUCUCCGUGUCCGUCACGUGUAAACCACUGCGUUCAUUAGACGUGUUCAUUAACUGGAGCUCUAGGUUGACAAAGCGCGCGCCGAGCCUGUGCGUGAAGGUCACGCGCGUAAUCGCAGGUUGGGUUUGACGCGUAGGCGCCCUGGCGCGAGCACGCGCGUGUGUCCGUGUGGGGGGAGGGGGGGUUCAAUAAAAUCCGUUUCGGUCCGUCAAAUGGGGUAUAAAGAGACUGACCACCAGCUUAAACUCCACCGCGCACAUAGUGAAUGUGAUCAGAUACAUUUAGAGCUUCAAAAACACACAAAGUUGACACGUGAAAUGUAGGGAUUCACGCGCUACCCCGGGACUUUUGGAGUUGUUUGUUUGUUUGAUGGAUCAUGGAUUACUCGAGAGAACUUAUCACGUCCAACCUGAGCUGGAGCUGCGCCUCGUGCGCCCACGCCGGACGCGGUCACGCUCACGCGGGUCGAGAUCUGACCCCCGCCGGUCACGUGGUGGUCGCCGUGUGCCUCGGCAUCAUCGGCACGUUCGGCUUCGUGAACAACGCGCUCGUGCUUUUGCUGUUCUGCCGCCACAAGUCCCUCCGUUCGCCGAUCAACUGCAUGCUCGUGAGCAUCUCGGUGAGCGACCUGCUCGUGUGCGCGCUCGGGACGCCGUUCAGCUUCGCCGCGAGCGCGCGCGGACGGUGGCUGAUCGGUGCGCGCGGCUGCGUGUGGUACGGCUUCGUUAACUCCUUCCUCGGAAUCGUGUCUCUGAUCUCAUUGGCUGCUCUUUCAUAUGAACGUUACUGUACCAUGAUGGGGAGCACGCAGAUCGACAUCACCAGCUACAGGAAAGUCUUUAUGGGCAUCGCUUUCUCCUGGAUCUACUCCUUGGUGUGGACCGUGCCUCCAUUGUUCGGGUGGAGCCGCUACGGUCCUGAGGGUCCCGGUACCACCUGUAGUGUCAACUGGACCAUGAAAACACCCAACAACAUGUCCUACAUUGUGUGUCUUUUCUUUUUCUGCCUCAUCCUUCCGUUUCUUGUGAUCGUGUACAGCUACGGAAAACUGAUACGGGCCAUCAAGCAGGUGACGAGGAUCAGCACAGCUCUGAGUCGUAAGCGAGAGCAGCGAGUUCUUCUCCUAGUGGUCACCAUGGUGGUGUGUUAUCUCCUAUGCUGGCUGCCGUACGGUGUCAUGGCGCUCGUAGCGACGUUCGGAGAACCUGGAUUGGUCACGCCCGAGGCCAGCAUCGUGCCGUCUCUGUUAGCCAAAACCAGCACCGUGAUCAACCCUGUCGUCUACAUCUUCAUGAACAAACAGUUCUUCAGGUGCUUCAGAGAUCUGCUCAUGUGUAGAUCUACAGAUCGAGGAUCAAACUACAAAAUCUCUUCCAAGAUUACAAAGUCUCUCGGGAUAUUCAAACAAGCCACCGGUCAUGAUCCUGCUCCGUGUCCAGAUGUCGUCUGCAAUCCAGACAGCAACAAGCUGAAGAACAGCUCGGAGCUCGAAACACCAUUUCCUGCAGCUCCUGGAAGCGUAAAGCCGCCCGUCUUACUCAUAGUCCACUACAAUGGAUGAGCAGACACACACCACAGACGUAGACUAGUUUCUGAAGCUCACAGUGAGCAGAGCAGAAGGCAGUAAGAAGUCUGGAGUUAACAUGGAUGAG